AUUUAACAGAAUUUAUCUAAUUUAAUAUUUGGAGCUCAUCUGAGGUUUUUAUUCUCGCAUACGCAACUUUCGUAAUGGCUAGUUUUCGGAAAACUGGAAGCAUUUCUCUGGCACGAGAGCUGGCGAUCGAUGACCCGGUCCUGCGCUCGCACAUCUCACUAGGCGUCGCCAGCUGUCCCUUCAACAGCAAGGAUUGGGACAUCGCACCCAACUCUGCCACGGCUCUCAAACGCGCCGAAAGAGACGUGGCCAUGGGAAUGUCAUCGCCUACAGAAGGCAUUUUCGUCUCUGGCGACGACGCUAACAUUAUGUUCGUACACGCGAUGAUAGUGGGUAGUUUCGAUACCCCUUACGAAGGCGGCUUUUUUCAAUUCAUGGUCAGAUUUGGACCAAACUAUCCGUUCGACCCUCCACGAGUUUGCUGCAUGUCAAGCUAUCGCUACGGCCACGUUGUGAGAUUCAACCCAAACUUCUAUGAAGAUGGCACCGUGUGCCUCAGCAUUUUAGGGACGUGGGAGGGUCCGAGCUGGGCCGCAACCAACACCCUGUCGUCUCUGUUGCUCUCCAUCCAGUCCAUGUUGUCGGCCGAGGCUCUCUGUAAUGAACCUGGUUAUGAGAGGCUGCGUGGCUGCAACGCGUCGUCGGUGACCAACUUUGACAUUUACGCGCGUCAUGAGACGCUGCGCGUGGCGGUGGUCGAGACGCUGCGUCACGCUGAAGGCUUCCGCAUCCCGGCGCAGCUCGUGGAGGUCAUGAGGAACCUCUUCUUCGAGUACUACGACGCCUAUAUCGAGUCAUGUGACCAGUACGCCAUGUACGACAAUAAGACAAUGCAGGUCUCUUUGCUAUCGAAAAACUUCGUUCCAAAUUUCAAGGAAAUUAAAAAGAACCUCACCGCGCUACACUCGGAGCUACAAGCCAAGCUGUAGCCGCGCUCUGUCACAGAGGCGCUAGUGUUCAGAACUUCUGACUGCAUUCUUAAGUUAUGAUAAUCAUGAUAACUUCAGAUGUAACUACUUUUUUUUAUAUGUGAUCCAUGAUUCUAGUUUAAAUUUUAGGCUAUUUUAAAGAAAAUAUCUUUAUAAAAAUUGUCUUUUUGUAAUUGGAGGAUUGUUGUAGUUUGAGAGUUGAGAAAGGCUGUGUUGUAGUGAGAAAAAUGCUAUUUGAUAAAAAUAAGUGCCUUGGCUUAACAGAUAUUCUCGAAUUAUCGUAACUUAUUGAAGUCAAUCGCCAGGCUUGUGGCAGCUCGUGGCCAUAAUGUUUCCGUA